UUGAAGAAGUCAAACUAAAUCCAACUCUUUCUGUUCCUGAUCUUUGUGUCCAGAUUUCAUCAAGAUGGCAGCAGUCUUACACAGGACGCAUUCACCAGCAAAGUGUGAUUCAGACUCACAUGAGGACUCUUUAGAGGACAUGGCCAAGUGUGUGUUAUCAUUGGAGAACAAGUUUCAGUGGUUUGAUGACGUUAAAAGAGAGAUAGAAAAGAGGUGUGGCAUUACAACAGAGCAUUACUGGACAGAUGAUGACAUUAGACUAGCUUGGGAAGAAACUCAGAAAAUGGUAAAAGAUUACAAAAGAAACCAAUGGGCGUAUGUGAUAACAUUUCAGGAGAUGAAAAUGUUUGAUGAUGAUGAUGAAAGUGAUUCAACACAUUCUGAUCUAACUGAAUGUGAACAGGAAGAGCAGCCAUGUAGCAGUGCGACAAAAAAGGAUCCGUCUGAUCGACCGCCACAAAGAGUAUCUGAGCGCAUUAUUGCACGCAAACGUAGACUAGAAGAAGAUAUGUCUGAAAGUAAAAAGGCACGGAUCCUAGCUGGUAGUUCUCCAGCCAUCGGCAUUAAAAUUCCUCUCUCUGAGCUGUUUGGUAGUGAAGCCACCUCUAAACAAACUGAAACGGCCACAUCCAAAUAUAAAUUAGUCCAUGGAUACCCUUCAAGUAAAGAAAUAAGGAGGGAAAAAACAUACGUCAUGUCAUACGAUAGAAACACCAAGAAUGCUGAAUGGGUGUAUGAGAUAUUGAACAAGGGCACUUUAGCCAUAAAGAACAAUGUAAAACGUAAAUUAAGUGACUUUGGUAAAGUCGCAGAGUACACUCGAGGUCAUCUUGUUGCGGCGGGCAAUCACCGUUGGUGUCAGAAAGACGAUUAUGGCACUUAUUUGUUCAGCAACAUGUCACCACAGCGUUCUGAGAUGAAUAGAGGUGUGAUGAAAGCUUUGGAGAAAGUGUUUCACGAUCAAGUAACAGACAUCAACAUCCGUAACGUCCACGUGUACACCGGACCAAUAAUAGAUUCAAAAUCUGCAACCCAAAAAAGCAAUGGCUCGGAUAAAGCAGUACCACAUUCCUUCUUUAAAGUAUGUAUAGUGGAGAAUGAAAAUGGGACCGUAUCAGAGCCGAAGUGCUAUCUGAUUCCCAAUAGUGAUGAGUUUAAGGCUAGAGACUAUAAGGAGAGUGAGGACUCCUCUAAGAACCCUGUUUACAAAGUGGGCCCUGUGCACCUUAAGAACAUUCAGGAGUAUUUGCAGAUUGUGGACAUUGAGAAAAUUGAGCGCCUCUCUGGGCUUAAAUUCAGAAGUACUGAUGUUCAGCAGUACACAGAUGAGAUCAGGAGUGUGACAGGAGAAGACGGAAAAGAAAAAUCAGGAUGUAAAUUCUGAAUAACCAUCCCAGAAACAAAAGAUAAUGUUGUGA